UAUGGAACACACUCCUUUCGCAUUGGGGCAGCCACAAUGGCAGCCCUAAAAGGUAUACCUCCCGAGCAGAUUAUGACCAUGGGUAGAUGGCGUAGUGAUGCCUAUCUACGUUACAUAAGGUGACUUAUUGCGACAUUGUAACCACCACAGCUCACUAUGUAGGAUGGUUAUGUAUGCUAUGGGCGAACAGUUAUGAAUGGUUCCUGUGGUUACUACUCAGGGAGCAUACUUGUAAUUCGCUAUACUUGGUCGCAGUUUCAUCCAUAUACUAUUACAUUUAUUCAUAACUAUACAAUAAUAAUAAAGGUAAAGUGCAGUAGCCGAGUAGUGGGCUUCUACAUGGGGAGCACAUUUGCAAUUUGUCUAAACAUGUACAUGUAAGCAGAAAUAACACAAUAAUCAUAAAGAUAUACCUAGUCGGCUAAUUACAACAUAGACAAUUGGAUACUGCAUAGGGCGCAUAUUUGUAAUUACCCUUUGUGUGUGAACAGAUAUCCAGGUUCACGAUGACAAUGAGUAAUAAUUCAAUAUUCAUAUAGUGCUUCUGCUUAAAACACAUUUAUUUGCUCAUUGAUAUUUUUUCUCCUAUGAUUUUUUGUGUAAAUAUAGGUUUAAAUAUUCAUGUUUCGUUCCCCUUCGUUAGUUUUCUUUGUUAGGGUUUAGCGUAGGCCUGGUGUUUUUAGAGCCCUUGUGAGUUAUGUACCUGCCGGAUUGCCUUCUGGGCAAGUUCCUUAAACUGCGGGUGAACAGGGCAUUAAGAUCAGGCACCAGUCCGGUAGAUAUAUUUUAAGUGUUUAAUGUAAUUCUUAUUAUAAGUUAUUUAUUAUAAAGCGCCUUGAUCAUAUUUUUGGUACAGCGCUAUAUAAGCAGCUGUUAUGUAUGAUGUAUGCCUAUCAAACUUUCUCUAAACUCUUUACAUCAUGCAUCCUAACCUACUUGACCUGUCAACUUAACUACAAUCGGUUGUCACAAUACACUAAUAGAGAUGAUAGCCAAUCAGCUAUACACGUAAUAUGACAAGAAAGAUGUCCGUGCACUGGGCAUGUGCACAUGGGUAGAACAUGUUACUUCCGGGAACUAUCAUUUUUUAUUGCAGAGGGGACUGGAGACUGGAUCUGGAUUGUCGGGGAUAGCCUGGUCAGGAGAGCAAAAGAAAGAGCUUCACAACGCAACUAUCAGCAAUUUGGAGAGCGAGGUAUCGUGGUUCGUUGGCAUGGGCAAGGCGGCGCCACCCUCCAGGAUCUUCCCAGGAUGGUCUCUAACCGGCUGAGAUGUGGCACUCCUCCUGCAUUAGCUAUUGUCCACUUAGGAUCAAAUGACAUCGGACAGUAUGAUGUCUGCCGGUGCAGGAUGGCAAUUGACACAGCCAUCCAAGAUCUACGCACGAGAAUGCCGCACACCCAUAUCGCCUGGUCUAGUAUUUUACCGCGGCUCUUCUACUAUGGUCGCAAGCAAGGCUCUAAUUCACAGGAGGCCUUGGAUGGAGUACGUAAGUCUCUUAACAAAUACGCUAGGAGGAAACUAGCCAGGAUGUCGGAUACCACCAUCAUCAAACAUGAAUUUGACCCCACGAUCCACAGCCUCUUCAAUAGAGAUGGGGUGCACCUCUCUGAUUCGGGUUCAGACAUUCUCAUUGACAGUUUCAAAACUGCAGCAAGGGAAGCAGGAUUUGUUUAGAUACGGAGAGGAGAAAAACUUGAGAGACAUCUUGAGAACUUGAGGCCACUGGCCAUGUUUUUUCCUUUGUAAUAUAUCUUGGUGUUAUUACGUUUUUUGUUUCUAGUUGUCUAUGUACAUACUUCAUUAACAUGCUUUGUGAAGAGCACCUCCCUGUGGUGACGUGCAUAAAUUUGAGAGUCAGAAACACUGGGAAGGAAAGGAUGAUAUUUAAGACAGGAAGAGCAAGAUAGAUAUUGUUUUGUUUAUAUUUUUUGGGAGGAUUCUGAUGGUCUUGGGAAGGUUUUGCUGUCAGGGGCUACAUGAUAAUAUUUGUGAAUGGUGUGUGAUGCCUUGUCCAGGCCAUUUUGCUCAGUAUCCUACAUCUUAUAGGCAUUUGGUACUGAGAUGAUUAUAUCAACUAAAAGUUGCUUUAAUUUACGCUAGGAGGAAUGUCUUUAUAAUUUUGCAUCCAUUCAUGUGAGGUUGAGUGGUCAAUACAGCUCCAUGCCAAUAUUAGGUAGCUUUAUUUUGCAAGCGUGAAAAGCUCAUGUAUGCUCCAAAAUCAUGUAACUUACGACGGGGCAAAAAAAAAAAAAAAAAAAAAAUAUUGGGUGGAAGGUUUUUGUUCAGAAACAAUUUGUUUGAAACCUGACAGAUCACCAAUAUUGAUAUCAAAGUAUAAGCUCCAAAGAUGUUGUUUACCAAGAUUUAGGGAAACACCCGUGGGAACUACUAUCCUGCGGGUGGGUCACGUGAUUAACAGUCCCAGGGAGGAGUUACUACCCUUCCUGGCGAUCACGUGACCAUAUCUUUCAGUAAGUUUAAUAGGAUGCCACAGAUGUAGUUUUUCGUUAUGUCUUACGACAUUGUUCAGACUGUUUUGAUGUUUAUCACCUCUUAUGUUAUUUAGGCAUAUUGCCUCUCUGUUUUGAUGCCUCGUACGGAAUUAAACGGCGAGCAAUGGCA